ACGGAUCUCGCAGUAUCGCAGUACGCCAACUUACACUCGCAAUUGGCCACCCCGUGAGGUUCUGACCUGUAGUCGCUCUUUUAAAUGCCUGAUGUUGCCAGCCGGACGCUUCUGUCGCGGCAGUCUGGCGAAAUGGCCUAGCACCCUCCACAUUCGCGACACAACACCACGACGACAUGCCUCGUCACUCCAGGCAGCCCUCGCUGGGACGAACUAUCCUGUGCAGAAUGAAACCGGCCAAGAGUCCUCUUUGAUGAAGGCUUUGACCUUACCGGUUGAUGGCGAAGAAAAUGUUGUCCCAAGCUCCGAGCAUACCGUCCGAACACCGCCGAGUGAGUUGCUGCAGACGUUGGACUCGCGAGGUCUUGUCAAUCAGAUCGUUGGAUCAAGGGGACAUUUCUCCAAGUUGACAGCCGAUCCCGAGACGUUCAAAUGCGGCGUAUAUGUCGGUAUCGAUCCUACGGCCCCAUCCCUCCAUAUCGGCCAUCUUCUCCCUCUUAUGGCCCUCUACUGGACUGGAUCGCUUGGGUUCGAUACGGUUGCAUUGGUCGGAGAUGCUACUGCCGGCAUUGGCGAUCCUACAGGACGAACCACGUCAAGACCGGUUCUUUCACGCGACGAAAUUAAGAGCAACACCCGCCGGAUAUGCGAAAAGCUUCAUCGUAUGUCGGACAAUGCUCGCAGUGUGAGACGUAGUUAUUCUGGGGAAGCUCAAGUUCCGUCGUCAAGGCAUACGGUCCUUACGAACUCGAAGUGGCUACAUGAGUUGUCUCUGAUGGUCAGUCUGCGGGAACUUGGGUCGGCAUUCCGCAUCGGGGCCAUGCUCUCAAGAGAUACCGCGAGAACCAAGGUUGCCAGCAAAGAAGGCAUGUCGUUAUCCGAAUUCAUGUACCCCGUCCUACAAGCCCAUGAUUGGCUCCACCUGAGGAAGACUCGAAAGGUUCAUAUCCAAAUUGGAGGUUCAGACCAGUACGGCAACAUAAUAUCUGGCUCGAAUGCCGUGUGGAGCGCGUUUCAGAAUCGACUGCCCUCCUACAAAGGGAAAGAAAGGGACCUUAUUCAUUCCGGACCUGCGGGGAUGACAGUGCCUCUCCUGACGACGUCUUCUGGAGCGAAAUUCGGCAAGAGCGCAGGAAAUGCCGUCUGGCUGGACCCGGACUUCACCGACCCCUUCGACUUCUAUACUUAUUUCGUGGGUGUGUCGGAUGAGGACGUUGGACAUAUGCUCAAAAUCUUCACUUUCUUACCACUAGAAAAUGUCGACGAAGUGAUGGAAAGCCAUAACCUCGAUCGCUCGAAACGCAUAGCCCAACACGAACUGGCGAAGCAGGUUACGAACUUGGUGCACGGAACGCCGAUUGCCAAUCGAAUGUCCAUGUUGCAUUCUCUGAUGUUCCAACCGAUCACGAGAGAAGGUUUACGCGCCUUUGUUGCAGCAUUCCCUAAUGUCAAGGAACCAAGUGACAAGAAGAGUGACAAGAAGGACAAGAAGGCUGACAAGAAAGGUGACAAUGAGAAGAAUGACUCGCCGAUUGUCAACAAGGAGGGCGUAGUAGUGACCAUCCGGAAGUCUUCACUGGAUGAGCUGCCACCGGCGAGGCUCCUAGGACAGCUUGGAUUCGAAAAUAUUGGGUCGGUGUCUGCUGCAUCGCGGUUGAUAGCGGCUGGCGGAGUUUAUAUCGGAUGCCUGCCCAGCGCAGAGGGAGCUAGCGAUGAGGAUGCAGGGGAGGUUGUUACCUUUAAGCGGUUUAAAGAUGUAGGGUUGGAUAGUGCUGCGGAAUGGGAGAAAUUCAUGGUUGAAGGCGUCCUCCUUGUUCGGUCCGGAAAGAAAGGGUUCCGAAUUAUUCAUGUAAUAUGACAUGCUGUAACUAACUUAGUGACUAGUUGGCUGCUAAUAGUUAUUCCUUAUCAAGUAGAAACAUAUAUGUAUAUUAUAACCUU